AUGUCAGCCGUACACCGAUUUCGCUCCGUCUGGGGAGUUGCGCCUGGCGACAACUACUCCCACUGGCAGCAGUGGUUUCCGACUCUGAAGCAGCAGGGCUAUGUUGGCGUUGAAAUCGACAUAACCGGACACACUGACUUGGCCACUAUUCGUCGCAUUGCGGACGAGGCUGGUCUCGAGAUUAGUGUUUUAAUCCACACUCAAUGGCCCAGCUAUGCAGGCCCCAAGCCUCCAGGCCUCACACCACAGGAUCACCUCAACGGAUAUCGAGCCCAGCUUCAAGCUGCCAAAGCCUUGAGGCCAGUCAAGAUCAACGCACAUUCUGGAGAUGAUGGAUGGACAACCGACCAAGCAGUCGAAUUCUUCAGCGGCACCUUCGCCAUCGACGCCGAAGUUGGAUUGGAAGGCAGAGUCAGCCACGAGACACACAGAAACCGGGCAUUGUUCACCCCGUACGCGACUGCCGCUGUGGUCAAGAGAGUGCCCAAUAUCCGCUUGACUGGCGACUUUUCCCACUUUGUCGUUGCUUGUGAGCGUCUGCUUGAUGUGGGCGAGGAGGAUAAGGAGCUUAUCAGAACUAUCAUUCCUAAUGUAACCCACAUCCACGCACGCAUGGGAACAAUCCAAUCGUCGCAGAUCCCCGAACCCACAAACCCCGUCUUUGCCGAGGAGAGAAAGUUCUUUGAGAAUGCGUGGAAGCAGAUGGUCCAGUCGAUUGCGACUCGCUAUCCCUCUGAUCCCAUCACAUUUGUUCCUGAAUAUGGACCAUAUCCAUACCAUCCCUUUGGCUCUGCCACUGAUUACUCCGAUGUCGCGGACAGUGAGGGAAGUCGUCUGCAGCCUAUCUUUGAGGCAUUCGCGAAGCAGGCUGCUUAGAUGUGAAUGACACUUGUUGAUGACUUGGUUUAAUGUUCUGCUUAAAUAGAUUUAGAAAUGAAUGUCUUGACGUUACACUGCUAUGGCCAGGACCGGGUCUAGGGCAAUCAGUUGGUGUCACUAUAAAAAGCCCCUGAGUAUCAAAAUGAACAUCAUAGAAGGUUUGACGUGGUAAGACACGU